AAUUAAAUGUAUUUCUAUGCACGUCCGUAGGAUCAUGUUGAUAAUAAGUGUAAGAAGAAGCCAGUGGAAUGUCCAAAUACCUGUGGCAAGAUUAUUGUUCGAGAAGAGAUUGCGUCUCACACCAACAACGACUGUCCUCUGUCCAUGGUCUCCUGUCCUUAUGUUCAGAUGGGUUGCAAUUCAAAGGUCAGCAAUCUAAAAUAGUUUAUAGCACUGAGAGAAAUCCAUUUCGGUUUGUGACCAUAUCAGGAAUUGAAGAAUUUUUUUAUUUAUAGCGAGUGUAAAAAGUAACGACGCAGAAUGAAGCAUAGGUCACGUAGCAAUCGGCUAAUUUUAUGAUGGCAGGAACGGCGCAGUAGAGUAACGCCUGGUUUACACUAGCACAAGCGCAAGCAUAAGUGUUUAUGCUAAGCCUCGAAUGUCGACCGACAUAAGAAUAAGCACAAGCAGAAGCGAACUUAAAAUUCACUUUUUCGUUUUCAAACGGCAUAAAGCGAACGUAAGCACAAGCGCAAGCACAAGAAAAGGAAGUGUUUUGAUGCUUGUGCUUGUGCUUGCGUCGAGGCCGUUUUCACAGUGCAAAAAAGAGCUGUUAUGCUUGCGCUUGUGCUUAAACCAGGCUUAAGGGACUGAAAAGUAUCAGUAUGGGUCGGACGUAAGAUACGUACGGCGAGGAUAGUCAAAUUUAGGUUGCUGGUGUUUUUAUAAAGAGAAGUUGUUUUAUCAGUCAAUUUUGUUCGAAAAUUGAAGGGUGAAGCCUGUUUCCCCUUUCCCGAGUCCCGCCAUCAUCGCUUCGCUGGGUCUCAUUGGGCGCACCUUUGUUAAAUUCUGCGUUUACACGCGCACCUUUGUUAAAUUCUGCGUUUACACGUGCACCUUUGUUAAAUUCUGCCUUUAGAUUCAGAGAAAGAAAGUCCAAUCCCAUCUCCAGUCCAAGAUGCAACGCCAUCUUGACUUAGCAUCUACAACGUUUAAAGAAACUACUGGAAAGCUUGAGGAAAAGAUGAACGCGCUCGAGCUGAAGCAAGAAGAACUUGACCAGGAAAGAAUAACACUAAGGGAGCAAGUGAAAGAGUUGACAGCGGCAAACGUCGCUCUUGAUGCGAAGGUGGCCGCUCAAGAGAAGGAAGCGUCAGAACUAAAAAGUGAAUCCUCUGGAUUUGUGUGGAAGAUAGGUGGCUUCACUGAGGUCUUACAGCAGGCCAUGAAAGACGGCAACAAGAAAAUAUACAGUAGCCCAUUCUCCACAGGACCACAUGGCUACAAACUCAUAGUUGGUAUGAAACCACUCGGCGACCGGACAUCGAAUAACAGGUACGUUUCUGUAUUCCUUGGUCUCGUGAAUGGUAAUUACGACGCUAUAUUGGCCUGGCCUUUUCAUCGUAAAGUAACAUUUACCUUAAUCGAUCAACAAGAUGAUCCAAAAAAGAGGCAAAACGUGGUCUGCGCUUUGCUCACAAGCACAAGUGAUUCCUGCUGUGCCAGGCCCGGACCCACUUCAUGUAUUACUGAAUUGCCAGGCAUUGCCAGGUUUGUAUCUCACAAGAAUCUGAAGACGAAACGAUACAUUGUUGACGACACAUUAUUUCUUCAAGUUGAGAUUGGCCUUCCACAGUAAACGUGAUGGUUUGUGUCUAAGCUGACAUAGUCUUUUUGUAUGACGAAGUAAUACUGUUAAGCUCUGACGAGGUAACUGAGGACAAAAUGUCAAGAAAAUCGUAUCUUAGUAAUGCGAAAAAUAAAGAAUUUCACUAUAAAAAUAUUACAAUUAUGGAUCACUUAACUCGAAUGAUAAGUUUACUCGACUUUUAGGACUUUUUUUCUUGGUAAUAUUUAUUGUAAUUUACAAUAAGUCCAUAGGGCUUUGAUUUUUAUCGUUAAUUUAGUAGACUGUGACCCUGCGAUGAAGAAGCACCCCACCCGGGGAGAUAAGGGCGGGUAGAAGUACAGUUGUACUCCUAGUCUCCUCAUGCCACUAAUACUGGAGAUAAGCGCUGGUGUGUCAGGUUACCGGCUUGGAUAUAGACUUCACCUUUUACUUUAUAGUGAUUUGAGCUUGGAAAGCCGUUAGUUGAUGUUUUCAGGUCCAAUUCUUUUGAUUGUAAUAGCGAAUAAUUCAUCACAAUUUAUUUUCCCAACACACGUUAGCAGCUAUAUGGUAAGCCAUAUCUCUAAUGAAAGGGCAUGAAGUAAGCUUACAAGAAUUGCGUUAUGUUUUGAAAUCUUUAUAAAAUUUCAUUAAUGUUCAAAAACUAGAGCGAAAGUUCUACAAAAUGUUGAUAAUAAAGAGACUUAUUUCAGAGUGAUAAAGGGUUGUGAGAAAUAGUUAAAAACAGAAAUGUUACUUGUUAUGUUGGCAAUGUUUCCAGCAGAUGUGGCUGGAAAGAAGUUAAUUAAUACUGAAUUUACUAGAAUUUAUUUUGUGACACUGUAAUAAAAAGACCAAAAACAUGUUUAAUUGACCACAUCUUUUCUUCUCUAUUUUCUCAACGGAUAUAUAUGGAUAUGUAGUUUUUAGUGACUGCUCGCGGAUUUGAAACCGCCACAUCAAAACGGCGCGAAAAAUCGAGAGCCUUAAAUUUGCAUACUAAUAAUUCGCAUCAACAGGUUUUCAGUGUCACUCUUUUGAUUGAAGGAGCGGAUCUGCUGUCACGAGUUCGAGAAAAAUUUCGCUUUUUCAUCACAUAGACGGCCGAAUUCAUUGCGUUGAAGAUGAACAAAAUUACCAUACACGACUGCGUUUAUAUGAAAGGAAAUCGUAUCUUAAUGGUGCCGGUCUUGCCUUCGAAUUUUGCGAAGUCGUUAGAAAAUGCGUAACUUGCAUAAAUUAGAUUCUGCUUGCCGCAGCCGCUUUCCAGACUUCAGUCUCUCCCUGCUGCAUUUCUGCCAGAUCCUUGAAUAUUUUUUCUUCCCCUGGAACUCUCAUUGAAAGCUUCUUUUUUACCUAACAUAUCGGUUUAUUUACAGAAACCCAUAAUUCUGGUGCACAAUACAAUAAUCUUUAAUAAAUUAGGAAAUUAUCACGUAUGGUCGGCAGCGCGCAUUGUCACAUGUAGUUGCGUAUUAUUUACAAGAGAUAAUAUUCUGCUCUUUAUUUAUUUUGCUCCUUACCCUCGUUUCUUCCCAAAUCUUUUCACUUUCUAUAGAAAUUGAUCUUUUUAGUUUGGAGUUAUUAGGGUUCUUUAUAAUUUUUAUCGCCAAAUAUAGCAACGGAUGAAGUUGAAUAUAGAAGAGCUGUCUGGUUUUGUAGCCUUAGGCUGCAAGUUCGCGCGUGCAGGUUUGAGCCACAUGUCAUUUAAAGUCGCUCGAAUUUCCAGUUUGCUUACUCAAAUAGAACAGGUUAAAUUAGUAAUUAUAAAACUACAGGGUAACAGCCAUUCUUUGGAAGGAAAAACGAUCGAAGUGUGGUUUCAUAACUGAUGGAGCCACCGUUAGUUUGCUUUUUUGCGGUUUUAUCUCGCAUCUGAUUGGUGGCUACACAAUCGACAUGUCAAAAUCAAAUCAAAGUGUUCACGGUUUUUUGACUUUCACAGUAAUAUUUGUAAGAAUCGUAAUAUUCUCGUAGUAGCUCGUCUGUUUUCACGUUAGACUGAAGAUUUCAUACAGUUAGAUCCAACAUGCUGGAAACGGGAAGCAUUAAAUUACCUUGUGGCUACGAGGAAGACUUCACGAGUCCAGUUGACGAUGACUUGCUAUGUUUAAUUUGUCAACUGCCUUUGCGAGAGCCAGUUCUGACGAGAUGUGGUCACAGAUUUUGUCGGCAGUGCCUCGAGAAACACAUGGCAAGCCAAAAAAGCCAGUGGCAAGAGUGUAGUUGUCCUGUUGACAGAGAGGAACUUGACCGCCAAAAGGACAUAUUUCCCGACAAUGCCACCGGAAGGAAGAUUCUCUCGUUUACCAUAAAAUGCUCCAGCGAAGGUUGCGAGUGGACUGGUGAACUGAGGGAGAAAGAGGAUCAUCUAGCGUCUUGCAGUUUCAAAAUUGUUUCUUGCACCAACGAAAACUGUCAAGUGACGAUUCAAAGGAAGGAACUUGAAGAGCACGUGACCAACUCGUGCCAGUGGAGGAUUGUAGUUUGUGAUCACUGUAACAAGUCGCACCCAAAGUGUGUGAUUCAAGAUCAUGUUGAAAAGUGCGAGAAGAAGCCCGUGGAAUGCCCAAAUAAUUGUGGUGAAAUUAUUGUUCAAGAAGAGAUUGCAUCUCAUACUAACGACCACUGUCCGCUGUCUAUGGUUUCCUGUCCGUAUGCUCAGAUGGGCUGCAAUGCAAAGAUUCAGAGGAAGGAAGUCGAAGCCCAUCUCCAGUCCACAAUGCAGCUGCAUCUUGACUUAGCAUGUACAACUUUUAAAGAAACUACUGGAAAGCUUGAGGAAAAGGUGAACGCGCUCCAACUGAAGCAAGAAGAACUUGACCAGGAGAGAAGAGUACUACGGGGGCAGGUGAAAGAGUUGACAGCGGCAAAUGUCGCUCUUGAUGCAAAGGUGGCCGCUCAGGAGAAAGAGGUCUCUGUAUUGAGAAGUGAAUCCUCCACUUUUGUGUGGAAGAUAAAUGGUUUCAGCGAGAUUUUACAACGGGCCAUCAAUGGAACUGAGGAUGAAAUAUACAGUAAGCCAUUCUUCACUGGAAAAACGGGUUACAAGCUAUCAGUCGGUAUUGAACCAGAUGGCAAUCAGUCAAAAAGGAACAGGUAUCUUUCAGUAUACCUCCGUUUUAUGAAAGGCGAUCACGACAACAUACUGGCUUGGCCUUUCCAUUAUAAGGCCACAUUUACGUUGAUUGAUCAACAAAAUGAUACAAUUAAGAGGCAAAACGUGGCACAAUCUGUGAUAGUUCACGAAAGUAAGCCUACUUCAGAUGUAUCUAGCUACAUAUAUAUCAUUGAUAGAUUUGUCUCCCACAGGAUUCUGAAGACAAGACGCUACAUUGUCAACAACACAUUGUUUCUUCAAGUAGAGAUUGGCCCUCUGUCUUAGAAGAACGAAAAGGUGACUUGGAAGAAUACCUCAGAAUCUUUCUUUUUGUUACGAACAAACGAUCUUAAGAGUGCUGAGAUUAUGACGAGCAACGUAGUUCAUGGUCUCACUCAAUUGUGAUCUCUUACGAAAAUUCCCAUCAGCCUAAGUAGCCUUAAUUUAGUUUGUUUUAUUUGAGUUAACAAUUAUUCCACUCGCGCGCGUUGGAUAUGAGAAGUGAGAGGCGCAUAGGGCGGAGUUGUCUGAUAACCAUCUCAUAUCCAACAAGCAGUGAGGGGAAUAAUUUCCUUAAAAAAAAACGCCUCCAAAACAUAGAAAACUAAAAUAAAAUAAAGAUGUUCCCCCCAAAAUACGAACACGCUUACCAUAUUUCAAAUAUUUUCGCUCGCGUGCAAUUGAUCUGAACGCUUCUCUCUUCACGUGAUUGAAUAUGCCUCCGCUAAAACUGGGGAAUACCCGAGAGAUAAACUGCGCUUGUUGCGAAAAAUAUAUGAAGCAUAAUAAACGCAAUAGUCUCCAUUUUGAGCGAAAAUAUUUUCAGAUAUUCGUCCUUGGGCAUGAUCUGUAAACGAUUCUGUAGAUUUCUUCUAGCUACGCUUGUAGAAAACUGUUCGCUCCUCGGAACAGAUAAUAUGCGGGGACAAAUAUUCGAGCGCAUUUUCACGACAAAUGAUGGUCAUUGUUUAUAUAUGCCAGAUGGCUAACCCAAUGAAAACCCUUGAAUUGCAUUAUUCAAUGAUCCGGAGUUUUAAAUAGUAUUCUUUAAUUUACAUUUCCUUCCAUUUUAAAGACGCAAGGGAAAUUGUAUUCGUAAGAAAUCUAUGAUAACUGUGCAAACGUAUUGGACGCAACAUGGCCGAGGCGGCGUUUUUAAGGGAGCUAAUACAGUAAUCCGGAGGUCUCGAUUUCAAGCCCUGCGCACUGCUAUGUCCAUGAGCAGGAUUUGUUCUUGGUAGGUCCGAGUUCAAUUCAAUUCCGACCUCGGUUAUGCUGUACGUGUAAAUAGACAACUGGUCUGCCUCUUGCCAGUUGACUGAUUCUUAAACCAGUUUGCGUUCAUUUUCAAUAUUUAGAACAGAAUUUGUUGACAUCGACCCGUUUAAUCAGGUGUUAAUUAUAAUAGUUUGGGAUUCUUUGUUUAUGUAAUAUUCGUCUAAUUAGUUUUAGCAACGCAUCAAUUCUGCAGAUCAAGCUACAUAUUAAGAUAUCCAUUCUGAAUAUUGAGAGGGCGUAGCCGGCUAAACUGUUCCAAGGAUUUUGAGCCCAAUGUAAGGGGAAAACUGGAACUAAAUAAUGGAACAGUAUCCUCGUUGAAUUAUGCAAAUUAGAGAGCAUUAGUUCUUUUAAUUGAAAAAAACAAACAAACAAACAAACAAAACAAAAAGAAAAAACAGUAAAAUAGCUUUUAGUCUCGCCCAUUGUCUAAUUAUUCUUGUUGUUAUGAAAAAAGGAAGCAAAAGGUAAUUUACAGGAAUGAAUAUUUGCGGUUUGUGUCAUCGAUUGUGCACCAGAAGCAAUCAGGGAAAUAAAAUUACCCUCAAACUUUACAAAUAUACACAUUCUUAUGACUAGUU